AUGAGGGUAGCAAUCCUGCUGCUGGCAGCUUUAGCCGCCCAGUCACUGGCAGAGCCGAGGAUCUACCUGAAGGAAGAGUUUGCGGAUGGCGAUGCUUGGGAAAAAAGAUGGAUAGAAUCAAAACACAGGUCUGACUAUGGUAAAUUCAUACUCCAUGCAGGAAAAUUCUAUGGUGAUUCUGAGAAGGACAAAGGAAUCCAAACAAGUCAGGAUGUCAAGUUUUAUGCAAGAUCAAUUAGGUUUGAAGAAUUCAACAAUGAAGGACAAACAUUAGUCAUACAAUUCACUGUUAAACAUGAGCAAAAUAUUGACUGUGGUGGGGGAUACAUUAAGCUUUUUCCUGCUAAUCUCAACCAAGAAGAUAUGUCUGGAAAUUCUCCUUAUUAUAUAAUGUUUGGUCCCGAUAUUUGUGGACCAGAAACAAAAAAAGUUCACGUGAUCUUCAGCUACAAAGGAGAAAACUACUUGAUUAAAAAAGAUAUUAGAUGCAAGGACGAUGAAUACACUCAUCUCUACACCUUAAUAGUUCAUUUCAACAACACCUAUGAAGUGAAGAUUGAUAAUGAAAAAGUUGAAUUUGGGAGUUUGGAAGAUGACUGGGACCUACUGCCUCCUAAAACAAUUAAGGAUCCAAAUACUGAGAAACCUGAAGACUGGGAUGAUAGAGAGAAGAUUAAUGACCCAGAUGAUGUGAAACCAAAAGACUGGGACAAGCCAGAAUCCAUUCCAGAUCCUGAUGCCAAGAAACCAACCGACUGGGAUGAUGAGAUAGAUGGUGAAUGGGAGCCUCCUAUGAUUCAGAAUCCAGAAUACAAGGGUGAAUGGAAAGCUCAUCAGAUUAACAACCCUAACUUCAAAGGAAAUUGGGUUCAUCCAGAAAUUGAUAAUCCUGAAUACAAACCAGAUUCCAACAUAUGCCAAUAUGACAACAUCGGUAUUCUUGGUCUUGAUCUAUGGCAGGUGAAAUCUGGAACAAUCUUUGACAACUUCCUUAUUACAAAUGAUGCAAAAUAUGCUGAGGAAUAUGGUAACCAAACAUGGGGAAUAACUAAGGUUGCUGAGAAGAAAAUGAAACAACUUCAGGAAAAAGAAAUGAAGGCACAGAAGGAAGAAAAGGCUGAAAUGGAGGAAGAAGGAAAAGAGGAAAAAGAAGGAGACAUGGAGAUGGAUACACAUAAAUAUGAAUUGUAA